CUUAAACAGCACCUAUUUUUUUGCUCUUUGUUAUAGAAUUUUAUGAUAAGUAUUUUUCUUAAACGACACCUGUAUCAUCAAAUGAACUCACUUUUUUUAUAAAAGAAGUAGACGAGAGAGGAGAGAGAUAGAGAAUGUGGAGAGUAGAGAGUAGAGAGUAGAGAGAGAAAGUCAAGCAGAGGUACAAGAAAGAAGAGGCUGUGGGGACUAUGGAUCUUCCUCCGUUCACCACGUCUUUCCCUUUUGAAUUUCAGGAUUCUCUCGGCUUCAGUGAUUAUGCAUUUGAUACUUUUGUAGCCCAAAUUGAUUGGCAAAACUUCACACAAGCCAAUAAUAUGUUUACUUUUCGGCCAACGACUCUAACUCCGCCUCAAUAUAAUCCGUUGUUGUUUAUUAAUGGUGGUUCUGUCCUGGACACUCAACAACAAACAACUAACAACUGUGUAGGCGAAGAAGAGAUUGCUACUCUUCCAGCAGCAAAAAGGCAUGUGGUUUGAAUUUCUCGUUAGUAAACAAAAACAUCAAACUGUUGUUUGAUGUUUUGCAAUUUUCAGGCAUAAGUCUGAAUCUGAUAGAGAAAUCUUGGCUUGCAAAAACUGUAAUUGCAAGAAGUCCAAUUGUUUGAAACGGCGCUGCAGAUGUUUUCUUUCCGGUGUAUUUUGCACAGGGUCUUGCCGAUGUCAAAGUUGCUCUAAUAAACCUUGUAAUAGAAAGAUUGUUGAACAGAAACGAAAGAAAAUUCUAUCAAUGGACCCAAAAGCAUUUACUCCUAAAAUUGAACGAAAUGCAACCUCUUCUUCAGCUAAACAUAGAAGCGGGUGUAAUUGUAGGAAAGGUUGCUCAAAAAAAUAUUGUGAAUGCUUUAAGGGCGAGGUUUCAUGCUCUGAGAAUUGCAAUUGUACGGGAUGCAAAAACAACUUUGGUGAAAAAGAUAGAACUGAAAUAGAAAGAGGGAUCCAAGUGACUAAACCAGAGUUUGACAGAUCUUGGGUUACACCUGUUGUCGAAUCAUCAUCAAAGCUGCAAAUGAUUCCUGAAAAUGAAGCUCUUGAUCUAUUGGAGUUCAGUGGUGUCAUUAUCAAUUCGACCUCUCCUAACUCCAAGAGGGUUUCAUCUCGUGAGGGUAUGGCUGGUGGAAAGAGAUUGUUUAAAUGAAGCAAUCCAUUGCUUUUGUUAUUUUUGGAAUCUAUUGGUGCAGUUUAAAGCAUUGGAAAGCAUUCCAAUGCACACAAAUAACUCAUACUGAAUUUUAUUUUAUUGUAUUUCAUUCUCAUUAUGCUCCCAACAAAAUAUUAUGAUCCAGUUUGAUUUUGAUAAGAUAUGGAAAAAAAAUAGAGUUAUGAUCUAAUAAUUAACAUUUUUUAAAAAUCCACUUGAUCUUUAGAUCUACAAAAUAAAAGAAAAAUUGAUUAAUAUAGUAUUCGAUCUUUCAAGCUAUUUCCACUCAAACAUAAGAUUAUUAGGAGACAUUUGAUUAGAGGAAAUGAAAAUAGAAAAAUAAGAAUGAAAAUGGGAAAAUGAAUAAAAAUGAAUGAAACAAAAAUUAAUAUGAACAAAAAAAAAUUGAUAAAAAAAUUAUUUUAAUAUUUUAUUGGAAUGACAUUUUAACAUUCUAAAA